AUGUUGGUGUUCUUGACUCUUGUUGUAGCUGAGAAGGGCACCGAAGGGGCAGACAUCCACUGCAUCGCCUUCUCCCACGACUCCAAGUGGUUAGCGGUGUCCAGUGACAAGGCAACGGUGCACGUUUUCAGCAUCAAUGACUUCAACCUCACAAGCUCCACUCUCGAGGAAGACCAUGCCAGCAAUGACCUUUUGGCGGCACCACUCGUACUACCAUCUUCUCCCGCACCCGCAACAACCAACCAGAGCUCAUCACGCAUGUCAUUUUUGAAAGGCUACCUACCGACGUAUUUCAGCUCGAAGUGGUCGUUUGCCCAGUUCCGGAUCCCUAACGCCUGGACCAAGUGCUCCGUGGCGUUCGACCGGAGACACCCCAACACCAUUACCAUUGUCUGCAUGGACAAAAGGUUCUACCGCUGCGAGUUCGACCCGGUGAAAGGAGGCGACAUGGUGCCGGGGGUGUACCACGAGAACUUCAUGGACCUGUGAAGGGAUUAGGGACGCAAGGCAGCAAGACACUUCUUUAGGUCCAGUUGGAAGUCAAUAUACUUUCAGGUUGAUGAUGUCUUAGAUUUUUCCACGUAGACGUACCUCUAUGG